AUGCGAAUGCAGGUGAAAGACAAACUGCCGAAGCUGACCUCGUCCACGAUAAUUUACUCUUUUAAGUCCUAUCUGCGGCAAGGACUCAAACAACAGAUGUUGGACAAGGCAAAACGAACGAAAGAAACGGAUAAGCUCAAAUCUAUGGAAGCCAAACAAGUGGAAGAAUUGUGUCGAAAAAUGGACGAAAAAGCUGAAAUGGCUCGUACAACGAAACGGGAGUUUCUGGUCAAAUUUCGUGAUGCAAACAAGGAAGCUUUGAACUUUGGUGGUUGCUCGAGCAAUUUCACCCAACAAGAAUAUACCACCGAUUCACUUCAAGUAAAAACCUCGGAUCCACAGGCAAAGCUCCAUUUCAUUGUAGCUGAUAGAACAACGGGAACAAUUGCGAAAAUCGGAGCGAAGGGACAUGGUCUCGCUCGAACGUUUCCAGCUUCAGUUCAACCCUAUCAAUUGGAGCUGUACGCUCAAGUGAUCAGCUAUCCACGUGAUCCCAAAGCCACACAAUUGCACCCAAUCCGGGAGACGUGUAUUNGGCCCCCCCCCCCCCACAUAUCCAUUGAUUUAUGA